AUCACUGCCACUGCCAGAGUGUCAGCCAAUUAAGUGUAAAUUACACCGACAACGGUUUUCAUUUCCCCAGAAGAAUCAUCAGCUGAGUCGUGCCUUCGGACGGUUACGUGUCCAUCCUCUUGGCACAGUCAGUGAGAGUGAUAUCAUUUCCGCGCGCAGCCACCACAUGAGUUGUGGUGAUUCCCGUUGUUCUGGGCGCAGACGACGAUCGCGAUUUCUAGUUCAGUGACAGCGCGGUGCCGGAUCGUUUGAGAUCGAAGAUCAUCCAAGUCUAGAGCGUAGUGUGCCCCCGUAGUAGUGGAAGCAAAGACAGUGAAGACGGCGCGAAGAAUGCCUAUUUGUACGCUGCCGACGGUCAGGAUCUACGAGGACUUUGACAAGAUCAGUGCCAAGGAGGUGUACUUUACGGAGGCGGGCGACAAGAUCACGGUGAAGUUGCUUCACUUUCCGAACUUGAGCCCGGAGGAGCAGGAACAUCUACAGAACAUGUCCGAUAGCGAUAUGAGUGGCGGAGGUGGCCCGGGGCUUCCGUUGGAGGAGCGACAGAAAGCUAGGAAGAAGUCUACGGGUCGAAAGUUGAGUGCUGAGCAGCGUAGAUCCAGCGGAAACCUGCGCCGGAACUCGAAGGAGGACAUCAGCGGAGAUGUUCACAGUGUGGCGUCCCGAGUACAUCCGUACAAUCACUAUGGUCAUCAUCACCAUCACUACAGCCACCAUCACAGUCACAGUCACCACCAUCAGGUGCGGACUCCGCUGGUUCAGCACCCGUCCGGCGAUUCGAGCAGCGGAUCUUCAACGCCGGCGACUCCGCUGCGAUAUCGGCUGCAUCGAUCGCCCUCGCCACGGCUGGGAUCGUCCAGUUUGUGUCCGGGGUACGAACAGUACCAAAUGUCACUGUUGGAAGUGCCGCUGCCGCGGGAUUACGGCGAUGCGUCCAGCGAUGAUCUGAGUUCCGAGUGGGACUCGGAUGUGCCGGAUCGGAGCGAGCAAGGAGCCAAGGUAAGUGGAUCACUUGACGAACAGUAAAGUUCAUAAGCGAAU